UUGUUUUAUUAUUGUCUUCAUAAUUUUCUCAUCAUAUCUCAUGAAGCACUUUUAUUUCCGUGAUAAUUUAGUAUAAAGGUUACGACUUUUUCAUGAUGGUAUAAAUUUUAAUUCAAUAUAUACUCGGGUUGAUGCUUGAGGGAAUAGUUUUUUUACUGAUAAACGCGUUUUUAAGACACUGAAUUCGCAACAACAGCUGUUUUGCGUGCUAGUUCCUUUACGUAAAAGGAUAACUUGUAGCAUACACACACAUACAAGAGUGUAAAUAUGUUUUUGUGCGUUGCAAAAUUGACGGGGAACGUGUUUUGCCAUAAAUAGAUUGAUCUGCUUGUCGUGACUGUGUUGGGUGCUUUUUUUUUCCUCAAGUUAAUCGAGAUGCCCAUAUAGGGAGCUUACCAAGAAAAUCUGACUGGAGAUGUUGAACCACACAGUAAAAGGUUCGAGUGCAAGAGGAUUUUCUACCUAUCAAAUAAGUAGAACAAACUGAUCAGUACACAUUGGCAGUUGCACCAACAUUCAGUUACCAGGAUGCCACAGGUAGACGUUGCGGCUAUGCCACUAGGUAACAAUCAGAAUAUUGGUGUGGCAGACAACAAUCACAAUCUGGCAGCGGCUAUUGGACCUGUUAUAAACAACAACAUGAACAGGCCCAGGAAUAAUAACAAUCAAAAUCCCCUGUUUAGCGUGAGGGACAGGCUCUUUCAUGCUCUUUUUAUCAAAUCUGCUUUGCUCUAUGCUAAAACUUUCCCAAGGCCUGUUAGACGGAUGAUAGAGUUUUUUGUUUUAUUAAAGGCAAUAAUGGCAUUUUUUGUGCUGGUUUACAUACACGUGGUAUUUUCGCGUACGCCGGCUAAUUGCUUGGAGCACGUGAGAGACGACUGGCCUCGUGACGGCAUACUCAGGGUGGAAAUCCUGAGAAAUGCAGGUGAAGAUUAUAGCGUUGAAAAAAGUUACGCGAAGGAGGAAAAGCUGCGCCAAGAGAAAGUUGACGAUUUGAGUGGUGUGUUAGGAAUAUUGGCCGGAGAUGGAUUUAUAAAUAUUGAACCAUCAGCCGUUGAAAGUGAACAGGAUAAUCGCUCAGAUGGUGAGGGUUUGCAGAAUUUAACUCUGUCCGAAGAAGAGCUUAAUCUAAGGGAUACAACAUCAGACAUCUUGCAUAACUACAGUGCAGCAGAAGCUGCUUCUAGUCCUUUUUUGUCUACGCAAUUCUGGGGUGGAUAUAGCGUAGAAAGUUUUGAUGAACCAAGUUCCACGCUUAUGGAGAUUCAAGAAAAUGGCACGAUGGAAGAAAGUAAGUCGUCAAUCCAAGAUAAUAUAAUACAGCCUCUAAAGGACCAAGUAUCGGAAGUCGAGAAAAUGGUCAAAGCAGUUUUUUCAGAGGAUGAGUACAUUGUGGAAUACUCGCUAGAGUAUGGAUUUCUGCGUCUGUCGCCAGCUGCACGCCAGAAACUCAACAUUCCAGUGAAAAUUGUUACUUUGGAUCCGGCAACUGACAAGUGCUUUGGUGAUUCCUUCUCUCGAUUGAUUCUCGAUGAGUUUUUGGGCUAUGAUGAUCUCUUGAUGGCUAGCAUAAAGACGCUCGCUGAGCACGAGGACAACAAGGGUUUCUUGAGGAAUGUCGUCACUGGAGAGCACUAUCGUUUCGUAAGCAUGUGGAUGUCAAGGUCUGCAUACAUAGCUGCUUUUUUCAUCAUGAUCAUUUUCACGGUAUCCAUUUCCAUGCUGCUGCGCUACUCCCACCAUCAGAUCUUCGUAUUUAUUGUGGAUCUGUUGCAAAUGUUGGAAUUCAACGCCAGCGUGUCAUUCCCGGCAGCUUCUCUUCUUACUGUGAUUUUGGCUUUGGUCGGUAUGGAAGCCAUAAUGUCCGAAUUCUUCAACGACACUUCAACGGCAUUUUAUAUUAUGCUGAUCGUCUUUAUCGCCGAUCAGUAUGACGCAGUUUGUUGUCACACGCCGAUUACCAAAAGGCACUGGUUAAAGUUUUUCUAUUUAUACCACUUCACGUUUUAUGCUUAUCAAUACCGCUUCAACGGACAAUACAGCAGCUUGGCCCUCGUGACAUCUUGGCUCUUUAUCGAGCACUCCAUGAUCUACUUCUUUCACCAUUACGAGCUGCCGAUGAUUCUGCAGCAGGCGCAGCUACAGCAGCUGAUCUAUCGGAAUCAUGGUCAAUCAGCCCAGCCAGUGCCGCCCCAGCAGCAGCCACCGGCGACCCCGUCUACGACGCCGGCCGGUGAGGCAGCCCAGCAAAGCUCGCAACAGAGGCAACAGGAUGCCCCAUCUCAGCGGGACUACAUCAGCGAUUUGUCCCGUAUCGAGAAUCUAGGUGGCGGUGUCACGCAGUUCGUGUUCCAGGUUCGACAGCCCGAGCCACCGACGAGCGCAUCGAGCGGAGCGUCGAGUACAACGUCGACGCCUACCACUACACCUUCGGAGUCGUCGUCCGCGAGCAGCGAGGCAGGAUUGACUGCGACGAAAAGCUCAGCCCCGGUCGUGUCGACUUCGGGACUCGAGACACCCUCGCUGAGCGAGGCCUCGUCCUCGGAAAGUUUCGAGGUCAUCGAGCCCUCGGAAACCAACGUCGGUGCACCGCAGCAACCGAUAGACAAUAGUAGCAGUAGCGUCAGCACGGACUGUUAAAGAAGUAGAAUAUAAACAUAAAAAAAAAGGAACGAGCGUGUUUUUCUUUUUUUUUCUUUUCGUCCAGAUAAGUAAACGAGAUGGAUACUUUUUUUUUUCGAUCGUGUUGGAUCGCUUGGUGUGGAGUGGACGAGUACGGUAGAAAUUACGUGUAAGUAGGUUGUCGGGUGUACCUCUUGACGAGUUUCGAGGCUGAACUCGAAUUAAAAACAAAAAAAGGCAAAGAAAAAAAAAAAAUUUAAGUGAACAUACGUAGAGUGCAAAAAAAGUAAAUGACUCUCGAGCGAAAAUGUGUAUAUUAUUAUGAGUAAUUUAUUGUAAGGCGUUCCCUGUCGUUUUUCUUAUUAAUGCUCCUAUAUCGUUACUCUUUCACCCUAUUGCAGUUUGUCUAUUAUGUAAUGUACACCCAUUUUACUGUAAUUUUCCUCGAAUAGUUGUUUUGUAAGUUCCGUUUUAUUAACAAAAUUUUGGAAAAGUAACAAUAAUGAUAUGAUUAGAAUAAUUAGUAUGGCGAAAAAUGUGAUUAUUGUUUGUUCAAGUGAUGAAAUAAAUGGCGCUUGAUUGUUAUUUAUUAAAUUCUUUUAUAAAAGUGGUUUGUCAAGCAUUAUGCAUAAUAGAUGAAACAAUACCAUAAAAAAAUACAUUUAAUAUCGAAAAAACAUAAACAGUGAGCAAAUAAUAAAUAGUAGCGAAAAUUUUUUUCCAUUAACGUGUUUGAUCUCGGUUAAGACUUUACAUAGAACAUUAUCAUGUUUACUAAUGUGAGAACACACUUUAUAUGUACUGUACAGCGAUGGCAGAAUUUUAACGCAUAUAACAUAUUUAUACGUUCGUACGUAUAUGUGUUUUGUUCAAUUCAAUUAUGGAAAAAGGCAAACAAAGAAAUUUUUAUUAUUUUCCCUGUUUUCUUGUAAGU